GACCCAGCAGUCUCCCACGUCUGUUCCCGGCACCCCAAUUGCGCCAUUAAUCGUCCACGUACGGCGCUUGUCAUCUGAGUUGUUCAUGAUAUCAGCGCUUGAGUCAGUCUCCUGGUCGGAUUUCAAUAUUGUUACCCAUUCGUCGCUCUGCGUUUCGCCUGUUGAGGCCCUCGUCAUCCCGCACGUUUUCUGCAUUCCAUGGUCACGCCGCCAAUUGAUCCAUUGAACCGUGCUUGAUGGGCCUUUUUGGGUUCUUCGGCCAUAGCUAUCAAGAUGACUUGAAGAGACCGCUUGUGAAUAAAUGGUUAGAAUCUUUGGAACCCCCAGACCAAGAAUCAUACUCCGAAAUCGAAAGUGUUAUCAAAAUUAACGAGGACCAGUUGUCGUCAGCAUCAUCAGCAUCGUCUGAACUCAUAACUUCAGGCAUGUCGUCACCAGUACACAGAUACUACGAUCUAUCGCAAGUGAAUUUCUCAGAAUGGCAAGACCCAUUCAGAUCUCGUGGGGUCCCGUCGCCGCAAUACGCCAAUUCGUAUCAAAAUGGAUAUCAAACGGGUGUUCCUCAGAGAUACGAAUACCAGCGGAUAAUCUCCCCAUAUGAGGUUAGCGACGAUGAGUCCGAGAGCGAGGACGAAGAAGACGAGGAUGAGGGAGUUGCAGAGGAUAACGAGAUUCAAAACUCUGCUGCUGAAGAAUCCGCAGUAGUGCCACCUCCACCUCCACCUCCCCCACCACCGCCGCCGCCUCCCCCGCCUUCUGAACCGCCUUCUGAACCACCUGCUGAACCGCCUGCUGAACCGCCUGCUGAACCGCCUGCUGAACCAGAGGAGGCACCAGUUGCAGUGCCAUCAGCAUCUGAGUCCGAAGAUGUAGCUCCUCCGCCACCUCCUCCGCCUCCACCAGCCGACGAGCCUGAUACCGGCCCUGAAGCUUCAGAAGCGCCCAUGGGAGCAGAAGAUGAGGCCGAGAGUUCCGUAGCCGUUCAUCCUCCCCAAAGAGAGGAUUGUCCUUCUCAAGAUCUUCCUCCGUCGGAAGGAGAAGCUCCAUCAGAACCAGUUGGAGAGGGGACGUUAGAAGUCCCUCCACAUCCAGAUGGCCCGCCAGAGACAAGCGAGUUAGCGUCGUUACCGCCGCCUUCGAGCUUGCCAGACGAAGCCGCAGUUCCUCCAGAAGCAGCUCCUGCAGUUGAAGCAUCCUCACAGCCACCACGGCCGCCAUCACCAAUGCCGGAUCAGGAGGUUGAAAUCGUUGCUGAGGCUGCUCAGGAUAGCAAUAACGAAAUUUCUGGCACGCCAAAUCCUGUGACAGAACAGUCAUCGGUUGACGCUACGCCUCCCAAAGAUGACAUCAAGGACAUCGAACCUCCUUUGCCAACCUCAGUCCCUUCUGAAGAGGAUACGACAGCGCCCACAAACGACGUCGCCGAAGCUCCUCCGUCCCCGAUGGCAGUAAAGUCUGUUAUGUUUGACCCAAGUGUCGAAGACAACAAAGGCGGCAAGUUGUCGAAGAAAGACAAAAAAAGCGUGAAAGCCAAGGAGGCAAAAGCGAAAGCUGCAGAGGACAGGAAAAAAGCUAAGGAGGAGGAAAAGAAAGCAAAGCAAGAAGCACGCAAGAAGAAGGAAAGAGCAAAAGCAGAGGCUUCUGGUGAAAAGACAACAGUGUCUAAAGACGAUAAGGGCAGGUUGAAAGUAGUUACGGAGAAAAAGGCAGAGAAAAAGGAGGAGAAGGAAGAUCAGGAGAGGAGAGAUACGGGUAAAGAUCUGAAGAAGAAGGCCAGCACAAAGGCUUUGAGCAUUCAUGAUCUCAAGAAGAAAAAGGAGGCAGAAGCAAAGAAGGCGAAGGCAGAAAAGAAAAGGAAAGAGAGCGAGGAACGAGCGGCGAAGACACCCAUAAAAAGCGCCUUGAAAACACCCACUGUCGCUUUCCCUGAUCCUCCCGUUGAGGAGAAUGAAACAGCCACAAAUCAAUGUCCUGAUAACGUGGCCGAGGAAGACGUUAGUUCAGGCGGUGUACAGGACGGAGCGCAAAAGGAUGAAUCGGGUGCUGAAGAAACGCCCUCUCCAUCCGCGCCUGCAGAAGACGUUCAGACUGGACCUGAUGAAGAGCUUCAAAAAGUAGACGCCACAGAAGAAAUUACUAAGGAUGAGGACGCUGCUUCCGCGGACAAAGUAGUACCAGACGCAGAGACAAUCAUCAAUGAGCCUCAAGGAAUAAGCGAAGAGUCCGCUACCCCACCUUCUCUAACACAAAAUCACGCUCCUGAAUCCACGGCCACCGAUGUCAGGCCUAUUGAAGAGACAGCUUCAGCAGAAGCAGCAGCAACGGCAAGCGAGACCACGUCUCCGUCAAAAGAUGACGACGAAACACAGUCCUCCGCCGACCGCUCUCCAAAUGAGCCAGAGGAAAGGUCAAUAGAAAAUGAAGGGGCUAGCAAGAAUGAGGAUACGGCUUCUAUAGAGGAUGUAGCAGCUGCCCAACUCGCAGCUGAAAGUGAGAGUCAAGAAGGCAGUAACGAACAGAAUGGCGGUGACGUAGUUUCUCAACCAGAGGUUGAAACGACUCCAGAAAUUACCGUUUCUUCUGAUGAAAAUUCUGCCGAACCAGAAUCUCCCUUAAAAUCCGCUCAAGCGGAGGAACCAGUCUCAACCAAAAUCAUGCCCGAUGGCCAAAUAAAUACUCCAGAGGAGCAAGACGAGUCACAGAGUGCAAAGGCCGAAGAUACCUCAGCUUGUGUCGAUGAAGGUUUGCCUGGAGAGGAAGUACAGCCAGAGCAUGAACACACUGGGGAUUCUGAAGCAUUUUGCUGUGAAGGCUCGCCAGAUGAGCAAACACAAUCAAGCAAAGAAGCCACCGAAGAUGCUACAACGUGUGCCAUUGAAGGUGCCUCAGAUGAACACACUCAGCCAGCACGUGAAGUAGUGGACGAGAGUACAAUAUCUGCAGCUGAGAACACGCCAGAAACACAGGUCAAGCAGGAGAACGAGUCAGUCUGUGAUGAUGAAGGCGUUUCGGAUAAGCAAACCCAGUCAGCUGAGAACGUGGCUGAAAACGCAACCGAUAAAGAUUCCUCGGAUGAGCAAGCCCAGCCAGCAAGUGCAUUGGUUGAGGACGGCACGUUACCGUCCAAUGGGAGCAUUCCAGAAGUACAGGGCCAGGCAGAGAAUGAACCGGUUCAAGAUGGCACGGCUUUUCGCGGUGAAGGUAUACCGGAUGAAAAAUCCCAGUUGGAUAAAGAGGUCGCUGAAGAUAAUCCUGCGUGUACCGGUCAAAAAGCCUCAGAUGAGCCAGUCCAACCAGCAGGCGAAGUGAUCGAUGAUAACACAUCGUUGCCAAAACAAGAUGUGCCAGGAGAACAGGAACAACAAGAGCAAAAAGCAACUGAAAAUGAUACAAUCAAUGAUGACCACGGGACUGCAGAAGAACAAGCACAAUCAGAAAAAGGAGCGACCGAGGAUAUUGCAGCGUGUACCAGUGAAGAUGCGACUGAAGGGAAAAAUCAACCGAACAGAGAUUCAGUCGACGAUGAUUUAUGUGCUCAUGAUGGUGGAACAGUCGAAGAAUCAAUGGCUGCCGAUAUUGUAUCUGAGCCUCAGUCAGGGAUGGAGUCAGCAAGUGGUGAAGGGGUUACAGAAGCAGCUCCAGAAACUAUCCAGAACCAGUCGGCUUUGGCCAAAACAUCUUGUAAAGAUGCACCCAGUGUUGAGGACUUUUCUGGCCAAGCAAACCCUGCCGACAAAGGAGCGCCUGUAAAUGAAGACCAGAGCCACUCUAAUAAGCAGUCGGGCGAAGAUUCUCAACCGGUGUCAGAAUUGCCCUCCCUAAAUGUAGCUGAAACGGCAGAGACACCGCAGGACCAGGGUGAUGUCAGAGAUACACAGUCUUCAACAAAUGAGGUUGUUGAAGCUGCUGAUAUGGACAAUGGGGCAUCAAACGUGCCAAUUGCUCAUCCACCAGCAGAACAAAUUAGUCCUGCAGAAAAUGACAACGCAGUUGAAGUAGCCGGAGAAAAUUCCGAGCUGGCUGAGGAACAAGGCCAGCCCUCUGAGGAUAAGGCCGUAACGAAUUCUUUAGAAGAGACUGUCACAGAAUCUGCCGAGGAACGUCAAGAAUCCGUUAAAGUACUUCUAGCUUCAACAGAGCCGGGGGAAAAAACCAACAAUACAGGUGACAAGGAAAUUCAUGCCCAACAAGAAAAAGAAGAUGAUGAAGAAACGUCUACUGUUGAAGCUACGGUGGAGAAGCCUGAGGAAAGCUUUGAAGAGCCACAUAUCGAAGAAUCUGAUCCAGUCAGGAGCUCUGCAGUCGAGAAGUCUACCGAUGGUGAACAUGGUCCUACGAGUGAUUCGCCUAACCCGGACAUUGGAGAGACUACUGGAGCAGUGCCAAGUGGUGAAGUCAAAGUUGUAGGUGAAAGCUAUGAUGCCUUACCAGAGCAACAAGCUUCUGAAGACAAUGGGGAUUCCAAGAAAGCUGUUGAAGAAACAGUCUCAACAUAUGGUGAUAACACAAAAAUAGGUCCAGAACUAGAUCUGGAUGCACACGAGCCAGCGGAAGAUGUACCUCCCACCGGGGAAAACCCCUUGUCGCCGCCGCAGCCAACUAAAUUGCCAGCUGAUGAACAUCAAACUCUUCGAGAAGCAGGGGAUGCUGAAGAUUCUUCAGCUUCCACUCAUGAUGAUGAUGAUGAUGAUGAUGAUGAUGAUGAUGAUGAUGCACGUUCUAACAAAUCUGUUGUUCUUGACCAGCAAGAUUCAUUGGUCAAUGAACCAAAUGAUGUUGAAAGAGAAACAUCAGUGGAAGAGCCGCCGCCUGCAGUCGAGCCUGAAAAUGACAAGAUCGCCUUAGCAGAAGGUAACUCCGGACCAGGCGAAUCGUCUACCGCAAAGCAAUAUGAGAAGGGUAAUGUAGAUGAGCCGGCUGUUCCUGAGACAAACCCCAGUCUUAAGGAAAGCCACACCGAAUUUGCAACUGAGGGAUCAAAGGAAAGCGCCAUUCAACUUCCUAUUGAGACAGACCAUGGAGAACAGGAGGAUAAAGGCGCCAAAGCGGACUCUGACCCAUUUACGGGCGAAGUUACAGAGAUGCAGGGCGAAGAUGGGCCGGUCGACAUACCUUCAGGCAACGACAGUGGUUCACAUGAUCACUCUGAUGUAAAAAUGGGAGAAAACAAUGAGAAUUCGCCUGCCAAUGGAAAUAAUGAUGUUGCAGCCUUGAAAGAGGAAGCAGAAGGUGAAGAAGCUACGGGAGAAGACUUGAUCCCCCCAGAAGAAGGAGUUGAGGAAAGUGAGACGAAAGAAGGAGCUGAGGAAAGUGAGAAGAAAGAAGGAGCUGAGGAAAGUGAAACGAAAGAAAAGGCUGAGGAGACCAGAGAAUCAUCUCCCGAACAAGACCCCGCUCCUGCAGAUCCAGCUCUCGAAGAAAGUACUCCUGGAGAAGAGCUUGAUACAAAAGCGAAUUCCGAACAUCCCAUUGAAGUAGCGUGUGCGGAAAAUGCUGCUGCUGUAGAGGAUCCCGCUGGAGAAGAGCCCGCCACAGAAACUCAUGCGGAAAGAAUCCCUGCUACGGGAGAAGCUGUUGAUGAGAAAGAUGCUGUGGAAUCACCAGGAGAUGCUGCCGAAUCACCAGAAGAUGCUGCAGCUGAACCAACGCCUGCAGACGAACAUGCAGAAGCGCCGUCAGAGGUUCCUGUGGCAAAAGAGAUUACUGAGGAAGCCACUCUGGAAGAUGUUUGUGCUGGUGAUUCUGAGCCUGAGCACGAACAUGAGCAGGGGCAGGAGCAUGAACAGGAUCAGGAGCUGGAACAGGAGCAUGAUCCGGACCUUGAGCAGGCGCAGGGGCCGGAACAGGAAGAGGAACAGGAACAUCAGCAUGAGCCUGAGCCUGAGCCUGAGCCUGAGCCUGAGCCUGAGCCUGAGCCUGAGCCUGAGCCUGAGCCUGAACCUGAACCUGAGCCUGAACCUGAGCCUGAACCUGAGCCUUCCAAAGAAGAAAUUCCAGAAGCUACAGCUGAAGAAGCCGCUGGAGACGCACAGAACGAGACAAUAGAUGAGUCAUCUUUGGCCCCCGAAAAGGCUGGUGAGGACGAGGGAAUGCCAGAAGAGGCCGCCAAUAAGGAUGGCGAUCACCUUGACAAGGAUCGUGCGGCCGAGCCAAUCGAAGAGGCCAGAGACGUAGUCCCCGCAGAGCUGCCUUCUACACCGGAUAUGAGCAGCGGGGAGAAGCGCCGUCGUCGACACUCACACUCUCAUGCACAUCGCACAGAGCGGAGAAUGAGCAGUGCAGCAAGCUCUCCAAAGAAACGCGACAGCAUGGAUGCCGCUGCUACCAGCUUGUUUUCGUUCAUGCGGGGGGGUGGCAGCAGAAAGGACGAUCGUAAGCGCAGCGGAGACUAUCAGCCUGGGUCGAGCUCUCGUAACCGCCCUCGAACUGCUUCUGAAGAAGAAGAGCGCCGCAAACGCCACGAGGCACGAAGAGCUGAGCGCAAGCUUCGUGAAGAGGCUGGUAGUUCCCCGACUGACAACGGUGAAGUAGCUCGUGAAGAAAGAAGACGACGACAUGAGGAAAGGCGAGGCUUGAGGCGCAGCGAGGCAGAUCGCUCAGUCCAAGAAGAUGGAAAGAGACCACCUCGAGAAACACCAAGGACUGCAGAAAAGUCACGAAGACACCACAGACAUCGCGAAUCCUCUAUAGCAACACCCGAAGAGAAUAGCCCAGCUAUAAUGCCGCUCGACGAAGAAGAACGGAGAAGACGCCGCCGUCGCGCUGAACGAGAAGCGGCGAGGCGAGCUGCUGAGGACGAAGAUGAGGAAAAGGACGCUGCGCUCAGGGCAGCUAAGCUUAGAGCUCUUGACGCGAAAGAGGCAGAAGAGGCGAAAACACCUCCGGGCAAACUGCGUGACACAGAUCGCCGUCACACGGAUCGAGCUGUGCGCAGAAGUGAUGCGCCUCAAUCACCCAAGCCAGGCUUAUUGAGAUCCCUUACAUCUCCGGGGCAUAGUGGUAACCGAAACUCGCUCUUUGGCAGUCUCUUGGGCAGCUCCAGGAAGGAGGCAUCCACGCCAACCCGCAGCGGAACAAGCAAACAUGAGUCCAGGACACGGCGACACCAUCAACGCACUCCUAGCGAAGAAGCUCGGCACCAGCGACGCAAAGAAGAGCGUCGGAGAGAACGAGCACUAAGAAAUCUCGAGGGCGAACCUGUCCAAGAUGGUUUUCCAGACGCUCCGUCAGCCAUUGAAACCUUCCCUCCCCCAGCUCCUACGGACGAUAUACCAAGAGAUCCAGAUGAUGGAGUUCCACCACCACCACCACCUCCUCCUCCUCCUCCUCCUCCUCCUCCUCCUGCUCCUGCCCCUAUGGGUCUUCCGGGCGAUGAAGAACUACAGCUUCCACCACCGCCACCCCCUCCAAUUGACAUUCCAGGUGAUGAGUUGAAUCCUGAGGCGGAGCCUUCCUCAUCUCGUCGAAAGCGUGAGAGUAGGGAAAAGCCAAAAUCUCGGCGCGUAGAAUCCGAUCGACAUCACCAUCGUAGUCGUGCUCCAGCAGACAGACCUCGUGUGAGCAGAGUCGAGAGCGACAGGCCAAGGGCAAGUCGAACAUCGCCCGAUGGAGGAGACGUGACACCGCCAAAGGAGCGAGGCACUGCUUCACCUCGCAAGAGCGGCACAAGUGGUGGCCUGGGCCUUUUCAGUGGUUUUAAGAGAGUACUUGUCAAAGGAGUUUGAGGCUCAGCAAGUUUAGCAAGUUGUUUUCCAAUUAUGAAAAAUCCCUAAUUUGUCCAUUAUGUGGGUGGCACUUGUUGUACAACAUUAUGAAUGGAAUAGACUCCGAUUAUCGCAUUGGCUAAGUGCGGAACGAGCAGAAUCACGACACUGAUGUAGUUACGAGACACAUGGCACAAGCUUUCUCGACUUUAUGUAUAUCUACUUUAAUGAUCAUGGCUAUACGAA